UGGAUGUCAUUUAUGAACAGCCCUAGCUAGCUAUUAAAAUCAGUGAAAGAAACAAAAAUUUAGUUUAAUUAAGGAAAGCAGACACUUGUGAAGUUAAAAGUUUAUUGAAAAUAGAGUGAUCAAUUCAAUAAACAUGAAAAGCUUUUUAAAUGCCCAAUUUCACAGUUGUCAUGGCUCUAAUAUAAUCUUGUGUGGAGAAAACAGAACAGCACUAAGAAAACAGUCAUUCGCCAACGGAAUAUGCUUCUCAGAGAAACCUCUAAAGCCUGGCGAGUUGUUUCUCAUUGAAAUCGGUAUGAAGGAAGUCGGAUGGAGUGGCCAUUUAAGGCUCGGUCUCACACAAAUUAAUCCAUUAGAUGCAUUUUCUGAUGGAAAUCUUCUUCCUCAAUAUGCUUUGCCUGAUCUCGCCAAUUUAAACCUUGGCACAUCUUGGAUCUUUCCAAUUAGCAAAACAGCACCGAUGCAGUCUCAAAAUAGUAUAAUUGGCAAUUCAAAGUCACCGUUCAUAAAGACAUCAUGCGGAAAUGUUCAUCGAGGACUUUUACAGCCAACCACGAGCAAUAAAAACUCAUCAGAAAUGCUCGCGACAGAUACUGGAUCGAGAAUCGGCGUGUUAUAUAUACCGACGAAAGAAAACAAAGACUUGGCUGAAAUGCACUUUAUUGUGAAUGGUGAUGAUUAUCUUCAGGCAACUGACAUUCCCUAUAAAAAAUCAAACCUUUUUGUCGUAGUAGAUGUUUAUGGAACAACAAAGCAAGUUAAAAUAAUUCAAGUGAAUGGCAUUAAUACACUUCAGUCGUUAUCAAAGGACGUUAUACUUAAUUCUGUAGAUAAGUCAUUAGUAAGCCAACUUCCACUUCCAGAAAGUCUCAAAGAUUACCUUCAUUCUUAUUCGUAAAGAAUGAAUCAAAAAACACACAAAUGAAGUAUUAAUAUUAAGUUAAUGAUGAUUGUUAAGAUGCUAAACAAUGAACGGUAAAUUGUAUGUAAUGUUUAAGAUCUAAAUACCUAUCUAUCUAUCUAUCUGUAUGAUAAAAAUUAAAUUCCAAGUUAAAUGUUUUAUUAAGAUGAAUUAUGAUUCAAAUAAAGUAAUAAUACGUGUUAUUACAUAAAAG